GAAUUAAAUCGACUUCGUUUUGCAGCAACUGUUUAUGGAUGUCCAGAAUUGUUAUUACAAAUUCAUUCAAUGAUUAUGUCUAUUCAUCAUCAGUCAAACAAUAAUAAUAAUAGUGAUAAUAAUACUGUUGUUACUGGAUCCAAUGAACAAACUAAAUCAUUACAAACUUGUUUAAAUAAUGUAACUGAUAUAUUACUUAAACAGGAAUCAUAUACAAAUGAUAUCUUGUCACCUGAUAAAAGGAAACUAUUCUAA